AUGGCCGGAACUUUGGACGAAGAAGAAGCAAGUGAAGCGUCGCCAGAGAUACCAAGAUCGGCGACAGCGUUACGAGCAGACUACCGGGUGGACCAAGUCCGGAUUUGGCAUGGAACAUUGGAGCGACCCCGCGAUAUGACGGAGACAGAAUACCAGCCGUUCGUACGGUAUUGCAUGGAAUUCUUCAUGCGUGGCACUGUACUAUGGAAAAAGGACUCACAUGGGCGUCACAAGGUGGUAGUGACACCGGAGCAGCGAUGGUCAGUCCUGAAGUCGGCGCACGACAAUGUUGGUCACAAAGGGUUCUAUGCGACACGGGCCCUACUCACCGAACGGUUUUGGUGGCCUUACAUGGCCGAUAAUAUUGCGUGGUUCGUCCGGACCUGCGACUUGUGUCAGCAACGACAAGUGCGGAAGAUCCGCAUACCUCCAACGGUCGCGGUACCAGCACCCAUCUUUGCCAAGAUAUACAUGGAUACGAUGCAUCUCCCCACGAGCGGCGGCUUCAAGUACAUUGUCCAGGGUCGAUGCUCGCUGACACACUACCCAGAGUGGAGGAUGCUCCGCCGAGAAAACGCGUCGACCCUGGCAAACUGGAUCUUCCAAGACAUCUUGUGUAGGUGGGGGACCCUGCUAGAAAUCGUCACAGAUAACGGUACCCCGUUCGUGAAAGCACUCACACACCUGGAGAAACAAUACAAGAUACGGCACAUUCGGAUAUCGGGAUACAACUCACAAGCAAACCUGUCCGAGCGACCGCACUUCGAUGUACGAGAAGCCUUGUAUAAGGCAGCAGAUGGAAAUCAGUCGAAAUGGCACACCGUGGCGCACUCCGUCUUUUGGGCGGACCGUGUUACCGUCCGACGGCGCAUGGGGUGUUCCCCGUUCUUUGCGGUCACUGGCGCACACCCGUUACUACCACUCGACAUCUCGGAGGCCACUUACCUGCUUCCCCCUCCCGAGAGCGUCCUCUCGACCACCGAACUCAUUUCGCAGCGUGCUAUCGCACUACAGAAACGCCAAGAGCAGUUGGCCUGGCUCCACUCCGACGUCUUCGAAGCCAGGGUCCAGGCGGCGAUCCGGUUUGAGCGGGACCACGCAUAUACAAUCCGCGACUACAACUUUCAGCAAGGGGAUCUGGUUUUGAUGCGCAACACCGCUAUCGAGAAGUCACUCAGCCGCAAAAUGCGCAAACAAUAUCUGGGACCGUUAAUAGUCAUUUCGAGGAACAAGGGCGGCGCCUACAUUCUCUGUGAGCUGGACGGCGCCGUUUUUCACCGACCCAUUGCAGCUUUCCGUGUCAUCCCAUAUUUCGCAAGGGAAACAAUCGAGCUUCCCCCUCUUGAAGACCUGCUCGAUAUAUCGAUGGAACGGCUCAGAGAGAUGGAGGAGUCGAUCCUGGAGGACCCGGAGGACGAGUCAGAUGAAGAAGAGACGGGAGAGAAGAGCGAAGAAGCCUUGGCCAUCCAAACGGGACCCCGACGGAAAAGUCCUUGCCCGACGGCGCCAUCACCCAAGCCAGCUGUCACUUACCACCGCAAUAACCCCUCAUAUUCACACGGCGUCGACGGACUGACAGGGGACUGUCAGGAUUUAAGUUGGAGGGAGAUGACGAGCUCGGGGUCGCUUUGA